AUGCCUAUCCACGCCCUUCCUCAGUCCACCAUCCAUCUGCUUGGAUCAGCCCAAGCCUUGACGAUUCCCACAUCUUUAGUCAAAGAACUCAUUGAUAACGCUUUAGACGCAAAGGCAACAUCUGUGGAUAUUCUCGUCUCUCAAAAUACCCUUGACAAGAUCCAGGUCCGAGACAAUGGACAUGGCAUCCCACUGAAAGACCUUGAUGCACUUGGUCGACGUGGGCAUACCAGUAAACUAACGAACUUCGAGGAGCUGAGAUUCAUUGGAGGCACAACCUUGGGUUUUCGUGGAGAGGCACUUGCGAGUGCCGUUCAAUUGGGGGAAGUAUCCGUCACCACCAGAACGGAUGGAGAUGCGGUUGCCACCACGGCUGUUCUGCAAGCCCCUGGAGGCAUUGCUCGCCAAAGCCGCACGUCUCAUCCCGUCGGUACCACUAUUUGUGUUACAAAAUUCAUGUUCAAGCUUCCAGUCAGAAAACAGACUGCCCUCAAGUCUUCUUCAAAAACUCUCAUUAAAAUCAAAGAGCUUCUGCAAGCGUAUGCCCUCGCUCGUCCUUCGGUUCGAUUCAGUCUGAAAGUCCUCAAGGAGUCAAAGGGUGGCUUUUCAUAUGCCCCGCGUCCCACUAAUGGCAUCAAGGAAGCUGUCUCCCAUGUUAUAGGCAAAGAUGCUUCUGCGCAAUGCGUGGAGAAAACAUUCGUCUUUUCAGAGUCACAGCCCAUGGGGCAUGACCAAAUUGAUGACUAUGCAAGCACUUCUGAUCAAGUUGAGAGCAGCCAAUUCCACGUCUCGGUAUAUCUUCCCAGACCAGACGCAGAGCCGUCCAAAAUCGGGCGUGGUCAAUUUCUCUCUAUUGACUCUCGGCCAGUAUCUCAUGAUAAAGGUACCAUGAAACGUAUCGUGACUAUGUUCAAAGGAUAUCUCAAAGUUGCUCUUGGGGAAAAUGCCGAUAUCAAGAAUCCAUUCAUUCGAUUUGAUAUCAAAUGUCCCGUCGCUAGCUAUGACCCCAACGUGGAGCCUGCAAAGGAUGAUGUUUUGUUCGGGAAUGAAUCCCUCCUUCUUGAUUCAUUUGAGUCAUUCUUCAAAGAGAUUUAUGGGGAGAAACCGAUCACACCCGCUGCCGCGCUGCGAUCAAAUUUGACCAAAAAGCUUGACAAUUUCGAACUGCUCCUCGCACGGAAACCCACAGAGUCCCCAUCUGUUGCCUUGACUACACAAUCAAAUGCUGAUUCUUCAGACCCACAAACGUCGGAGCAAUCCAAAUCGCUGGCCAUGGAAUCUUCUUCUCUACCUGCUGCAUCACCUUCACCCCCAAACAGUCCUCUUUUGACAUCGCCCCCUCCAGCAUCCAUUAUUCCUAGUAGAUCCGAAAGUCAUAACAGAAGAGGCGCUGAAUCUGAUCAUGAAGAAGACAGCAGCAAUGGCCGUCGUAGGUGGGAUUUCGACAUUUCAAAAGACUUUGUCGAGAUUGACCCAUCCUAUAAGCCUAGUCAAAGCAAGAAACGUAGCAGCUUCCGACCUCCAACAUCGACUGGUUCGCCUCAGGUCGCAGAAUCAACAGUUCAACUGAACCCGUGGGUUAUUGCCAAAAUGACGGCGCCUGUUCAACCAAGUUCUAGUGUCCAUGAACCACUUCAGGUCCCGCCAUCCUCAUCACUCAUCAACCGACAGCAUCAGGCUAUGUCGAGCAGUAAAAAUCAAUCUUCUGAGCCUACACUAUCGGACCAUGCAUCGUCUGAUCCAGCUCCACGAUUGAGGCUGUAUGGUAGUCCAGAACUAGAACUGUUAUUAGAAUCUUCGAGAGCCGUUCCACCUCGUCGGCAUCGAAAUUCUCUCAAUAUACAAGACUUGUUGCCGCAGCCUCGAGUUUCUAUUCCACAUACUGAAAAUUCGGAAGUCUUCCAACGACCACCCAACGACUUCAUCAGCGCAAGAAACAUGUCUGACACUCUUACCCCGCCACCUCCACCUGCCACUCACAAGCCGAAUGCUCCCAAAAGAGCAAGUGGACUUGACAAACCAUUUUUGCCUCCGAGAAGAAUUGCUGAUAACAUUGAAACCCCAUACUCUUUACCCCAAACGACAAUUUUGGCCCCUCGAGAGGAUGGUCCCAAUUCACGAAGAGGGCAGCGGUGUGAUGACAUAUCGGAACUCGAUUGGGCAAUGACGUAUGAACACAACAAGGAGCUCGCGACACAACAGCUACGUGAAGAACGUCGUAUUGUUAGGAAGGAAGCAAAGCAGAAGGAGAAGGAAUCAGAUGAAUUCUACAACACUAGUCAACCAUCGCCGCACAAAAAUCGCCAAAACGCAGCUAUAGCCGCACUCGAAGUCGAUAACUUUGUGUCUCCUGCUAACAAAGACGUGGAGAAAGAACCUGUUAGAGCAGCUUUAUCCCAUAGUGAUCCGCGGUCGUAUUUGAUGAGGCAUCCAGAAUUUGCAGCUAUUCAAAGUGGAUCAUCAAAGUUGACUCGAACCAAAUCAAUAAAACUACCACUGGAAAGAAUUCCCGACAAGAGCAAAACGACGGGGUUGGUACUGAAACAUUCAAUGGAGUCGGACGCUGUCAAAGAAUUUGCCAAAACCAUGGCUAGGCAUGAUCUAUAUGUUGCUCGUGGCAUUCAAGAAUUGGGCCUUGGUGGUGGUGCCUCUUCAAACAAGAAAGAAAUCGCUAGGAAAUUCCAGGCUGUCGUUGAAGAAUGGAUGGCCAGAGAAGAUAUGGAUUGUGAGGUUGAUUACAAAUUUCAGAAUCUUUAUGCGCUGAAACUUCGGGCUACUAUGUAA